CAGGCAGCGACGUCCUCAAGAUCCACGAGCUUUCAUCAGUACGGAAAAUGGUAUCCGCCAGAGAUGAAGGAGAAAAAAAGGUUUGGCUAUGAAAUACAACAGAGGGAACAGGUGCCCCUCUGCGAAGAUUUGAGGCCCGGCGUCUUGUACGAGGGCGAGAAGUGUUGGUCAAAAUGUGGAAAGCCAAGGGAGGAGGAUUGCAUGCCUCGAGUGAUGACCCUACCAGAGGAAGGCGAGUUCGAGAUGGUGAAGCAUCCCGUCUGUCAGUCACAUGUGGAGUGCGUGGGGGAGCCCCGACGGGUGCUAUGCGAGGUGGUGAAGAAAGGCAGCUGGCAGGAGGGGUUGAUGACUCGCAUGGCUGGCAUCCAAGGUGGGGCCGCCUGGUGCCUCUCAAAUUUACCACCUACCUGCAGGGCACGACGCAGAACCGGCCAUGAAUUCUUGUGACCGAGAGAACUGGGCGUAGAAUGAAGCGAAAUUUGCAUUGCGACAUGUCUCACAGAAAUAUCAAUUAGCAACAGCUCUGGCCAUGCUACAAAGAGUACUCCCUGCCACGUCUGAAGCAAGACAGGUGGAACAAAA